AAUGACUCUGAUGCUGUAUGCUAUGCCACAAACGAGAACCUGGACAGUUCUAAUGCCCUGUAUGCUCUCCUACAAGAUGUCAACCAGCGGAAACAGUCCAGCGGCGGAAUCAAACUAACAGCCGGUUCCCCCUGUAACAAUUACCAAGGUUACUGUGAUGUGUUUUCUCGUUGCCGUGGCGUUGAUAAUGAAGGACCACUACAGCGACUGAAGAACUUGAUAUUUAACGAAAAAACGCUGGCCAAUAUAAAGAACUGGAUUAUUGAAUAUUGGUGGGCCGUCUUACUGAUGGCUAUAGGCCUUAUCCUGUUUAUGGGAUUGUUCAUCAAGUUCUGUGCCGUGCACACACCCAGCUCAAACCCUAACGCCAAACCAGCCUUGAAAUUGACGGACACAUUGAGGCGACGACGCCGUCACCCAGAGCAACAGUAUCGAGCCCAGAACCACGACACUCAAUACCCUUUGAUAGUUGGCCCAUCGGGACCCCCGCCGCCAUACUCAGCACACGGAGGCCCACCACAGGGGCACAGGAAGGGAGCAGGGGCUAAAGGCGGGAGAUACAAUAAUUUAGAAAUGCGCAAAGUUUGAACCAUAUAUCAUCUAAAUUGAAUUCAUCGUAUUUAAUGAUUUUUUUAACGAAUGUACACUAGAAGAACAACAUUUCCAUAUGUGUUUUGAAUGAUGUAGUCCUUUGGUAUUUUUGAUAAUGUAACAUUUGUGUUAAAGAUACAGAUCUGUGUUCAUUUCUUUGUAAAUCAUUAUGCAAACAUAAUUCCUAUUAUGAAAAACAAUAUGACGGGGUAUUGGGGUUUCAAUUGUUCAUUAUUUUUUAAUAAAUUAUUUCCUUCUGU